UUGUGGAUAAGGAAUUUUUGGGAUUUUAGAUUUGCUGGCCAAGUUUCCUCUAAAUUCUAUAAAGAUGAAGCAGCCAUUCUGUAUGCAACCUUGGGAUUCUUCUCCAAAGAUUGUCAAGAAACUGUUCAAGGAAAUGAGCCUUAUGGUGAAGUACGGUUUACAUCCUAGUACUUUGAAGGGUGAAUUGUUUAGAGUACUGCUAGAGCAAGGAAUUCAUGGGUUGAAAGUUUCUGAGUUGGCGAAGUCUCAUUGCAGGUCAUUUGGGUACAUAUAUGUCACAGCAGUUUUCUAAAGGCUCAUAUGUUUGGAGAUAAGGUCAUUGUUACCACAAGCACAAUGAUAAUGAGCAGUAUGUGUGGGAGCCGCUCCGAUUCAAUGUUUAUGGUAUGUGGAGUGAUGAAAGAUCAAUUAAUUAUGCAAAUGAAAUGAUGUAAUUGAUUUUGAGUGGUAUGGAGUUGUACACUUUUAUUGUAUCGAUUAUGUAAAUAAAAUGAUGUAGUUGUUAACUUCCAGUAAGUGGUAUGAACAGUAUAACAACUGUUCAUACCUUGCAACUAAGUUGAUUUCUAUGACAUAGUAU